AUGGAUCGAGCCAAGAAGAAGCUUGUCUCUGCGAUUGAUGGCUUGAGAAACUUUCAUGGACGUACUGAGUUAGAGUUCGAUGAGAAGGUCUGUGCCGAGCACGUUUGUUUAGCUCAGAUAGUUCGUCACGGGUUUCCAGAUGACCCUCGGUGUAUAGCUUACGAUGCGGUACAAAGACUCAUAGCCAUAGGUACGGGGCAUGGCACGGUGCGGAUUAUGGGUGAUAUCGGCGUGGACUACACCCUCAAACACACCUCUGAUGCCGCCGUCACUCAUAUCCACUUCUUGGUCAAUGAG